AUGAAUUCGAAAGAACUGUCCAAAGCCCUGCCUUCGUCUCAGCAUGAAGAGGAGAUUGAUGAAAAGCCCAACGAGGCACAAGGUGAUUUUCGUGUCUCGGACGAUAAUGACGAGACAAAACAAUAUCGCCGACUUCUUCGGAAGAUGGACAUGCGUAUCAUUCCCAUUUUAGCAGCGCUCUAUCUAUUGAGCUUUCUCGACCGCGGAAACAUAGGAAACGCCAACAUUCAAGGGCUCUCCAAAGAUAUCGGCCUGGUUGGAAAUCAGUAUAACUGGUGCUUGACAGUCUUCUUUUUCCCUUAUUGCUUCUUCGAGCCGGUCUGCAACGCCUUGCUUGUCAAGUUCCGACCAAGCAUCUGGCUCCCAUCAAUCAUGGUUGCGUGGGGCGUUGUCAUGACCCUGACAGGACUCGUCCAAGGAUAUUCGGGAUUGCUUGCUGCCAGGUUCUUUCUCGGUCUUACGGAAGCUGGCCUUUUUCCUGGAAUCACCUUCUACAUCUCAUUGUGGUACACGCGUGCAGAUGCACAACUACGCAUGGCCCUGGUAUUUGCAUCUGCAUCAGUAGCCGGGGCAUUUUCAGGCCUCCUCGCGUACGGGAUCGUGAAGAUGGAUGGUGUUGGAGGUCUUUAUGGCUGGAGGUGGAUAUUCAUCCUCGAAGGACUCCUGACGGUUCUGGUUGCCUUCUCAGCCUUCUGGAUCAUCCCCGACGAGCCAGCCACCGCGAACUUCCUGGACGAGAGGGAGAAGAGUCUGGCAAUAAUGAGGCUGAGGAUCGACCGUCCACAAUCCACCACCACCCCUCAAGAGCGCACACUCAACCACCAAUUCAAGUGGAAGUUCGUGUGGGCAGCAUUCACGGAUUGGCAAACUCUUUUCCACUGUCUGGGAUAUUGGGGCAAUGCCGUCGCAGUCUACGCGGUAUCUCUGUUCCUUCCCACCAUCAUCAACGGCCUCGGCUAUAGCGCCGAGCACGCCCAGUUGUUGACCGUCCCGAUCUACGUGGCGGCGUCGAUCUGCUGUAUCGCAGUGGGCUACUAUUCGGACAAGACGCAGAAGCGAGGCCUCUUCGUCUUCAUUUCCUACGCGGCAGUCUUCGUCGGCUUCUUGCUUGCUGUUGCUCCCUCAUCCUUCAUCCCUGGCUUGACGUAUGCCGGCUGCUUCAUCGCCGCCUGCGGCAUCUAUCCUGCAUUUCCUGGCCUCCUCACCCUCUCUGCAAACAACUACGCCCCCAACGCGAAGCGGGCCACUGGCAUGGCGAUACAAAUUGGCUUCGGCACCAUGGGUGGAGCGGCAGCCUCCAACUUCUAUCACAAACAGGACGCGCCCCGCUACAGGCUGGGACAUUCUCUCGUGCUUGGAUUCAAUGUUCUUGGUCUCGUGAGCAUGGUGGUGUACUAUCUCAUCUGUCGUCGCAUCAAUAAGAAGCGAGAUGCCCGGUGGGAGGCGAUCUCUGCCACCUAUACCGACGAGCAUUUGAUCGAGUUGGGAGACAAGGCCCCGAACUACAAGUAUACGUUGUGA